AUGAUUUGCACAGCCAGCAGCCGGAGGGAUAAUGCAUCUUCUUUUACGAGUUGUACCUUAGAUGAACAUGACCCGCUAUGGCUGCGAAUCGAGGCUAUAUCAACGGAGAUAAGUGCGAAGACGAAUACGGUGCCGUUUCAGAGGCAGGGUCCUCGAACGAAUGAAUUUGAACACGAGUUCUCGGUUUUCGAACCGGAACCGGAACCUUAUGGAGUGUUGCCUGGGAUCGAAGGGGUGCUUUUCGCGGCGAUCGAGGGACUGAAAACAGAAGUGUUACAAGGGCAACAAGAUGAGGGAGAUACACCCGGUAUCGAAGAAGGACAAUGUCAACAAGAGGACUCGCGACGAGUCUGUGAAGAUGCUCCAAUUGAGGCUAGAAGGGCAAUACAUGAUACCCGCGAUUUGAGGAAUGUCGAUGACGCCGCUGGAGAUGCCCACACGGAGGACGACCCGGAACGACAUGAUGACGAAAUGAAUGUCCCAAAUGCAGCGGACAAGGACGGAGAAGUGUCGAGUGAGACUGCACGAGAUAAUGAGGAUGAAUCGGAUACCAGCGACGGUACGCACGCCAUCGCGAUUCCUGAGCAACAAACCAAGUCUAUGGAGGUUUCACCGCAAGAGCGAGAAAUCAUCAUCGACACAACAGAUGUCCCGAUUGAAGCGGACAAUGAGAGAAAGGCAUCGAGUGAAGCUGCACGAGACGAGAAGAAAGAUUUGGAUAUUAACGACGAUGAGCCUGCGAUCGCAGCCCCGACACGGCAGAGUGAGCCCAUCGAGGCUUCACCCCAGAAGCGAGAAAUCAUCGUCGAUAACGGCCAUGACUCUAUAACAGGCAGAUAUCCCUUAUUUGAGCUACUUACUUUAUCAACGACUUCCGGUGCUAUUAACGUGGCUGUUGUACCGCAGCCGGCUGACCCUAUAAACCCCGAUGAACCGGCUAGAUUGCGGAUUCGGUCACAGUCCGGGAGUAUCGCUGUCUCUUUUACUGCACCAGCGGUAGCAUCUAUACCAGAGUUGGAAAAUCAGAUGGUUGGAUGUGCAGAAUAUGGAAACGGGAAGUACCAGAACCCACAUACUCUUCCCCUUCGUCCGUACGAGAUCGAAAUCGAGACCGAUAGUGGCACCAUCUCUGGACGCUUCAUCGUCUCUACAUCUGUGCACCUCUCCACCAAGAGCGGAAGUAUCAACGCAAACCUCAUCCCGAUCGCAUCCGACCUUGAGCAAAGUAUAUCCAUCUUCACUCAGACAACAUCCGGGAGCCAGCAUAUUCACCUUACGAAUCCCGUCUACCUGUACAGCUCCCAACGAGAUGGAUCAAGGUCGAGUGCAACCCGAGCGCCCGCAGCUCAUUUCAGUCACGGUGGAGGCAGUAUGCAGAUUAGGUAUCCGUCUGAUUGGGUCGGGAUUGUACGUGCACCGCCGGGGUCUGGGAGUACUAAUCUGGUUGGACAGGGAAUGAACGUUGUUCGGAGAGAAGAUGGGUCUGUAGAAGGAUGCAAAAGCGGUGAUGGGAGAGGAGAUUGGUGGGGAGCGUCGGGUAUGGAUGUUUCUCUGGGGUCAAGGGGGGCUGCGAUGUUUCUUGUUGGGUGA